AUGGUGACUGGUAGCUCAAGGAUAAUCAAGGAGAAGACAAUUCAUGUUUUAAACAAGAAUGAACAUGCUCUUGAUAUGGCUGCUCCUGUUCAUGACCACUUGGGUGAUGUUGAUGGAUCCAUUUGCGACAACAUGUCAGUAAAGAAGAGAACUAAAUGUUCUGCUUCUAGAGGGCAAACCCUACAGGGAGGGAAUGGGGGAGGGAGGGGUUAUGAGGAAGAUGCUUGA